UUUGACGAGGAACGACCCCACAUAAUUUGCUCUGCAUUUUAAUCUUCUGUUCCGCCACCAAGAGAGGGUUACAGAAACACAUCCAGCAGAAGUGUGCCUUUUCAAUAUCACUCGGAUGCUUCGAUCCUUCUCUGUAAAUUCUUCCCAUCUCUGUACGUCUCUUGUCGAUUCGUAGACUAGUUCUUUGAUUAGGGGCGAUUUUGAUUCCGUUUCAGUCACAGUGAAUCAGCGAUUGCACCUUGGCUCAAUGAGAACUGAACGUAGGCGGAUCUCCAAGCAGUCUUCGUGGCCGAAAAUCGUCGUGAGAAAAUGGCUGAAUAUACAGAGCAGACGGGAAGAGUUCCACUCCGAUAGUUAUUCGUUAAAAGACGUCUACGAUUCAUAUCCUCCAUGUUUCUGGUUUCGGAUUAAGAAGUCGUUAGCCAAUUCAGAUAAAACGGAGAUGAGGAAGAGGACGUAUAGCUGCUGUGCGGACCAGGACUGCUGCGUCGUCGUUCCGAACGAUUUUCCAGAAGUCUGUUUGAUGGGAGCAAACAAUGGGCCAGGAGUUGAGCCGGAAGUAGCAGUUGCCACAGAACCAUUAAACCCCAGGAUGUUCGUGGGGACAUGGAAUGUAGGAGGGAAAUCGCCACAAGAGGAGUUGAACUUGAGAGAUUGGCUGAGGUCCACCCCAUCAGCUGAGAUCUACGUUAUUGGGUUCCAAGAAAUCGUCCCUCUAAAUGCGGGGAACGUAUUGGGCGCAGAAGACUACGGUCCAGCUACAAAAUGGCUUUCCUUGAUUCGACAAGUUUUGAAUGACACCCAGAAUGACCCCGAGCUUUCCCAAUGUAACAACAAUGGAUCAGGCUCGGAGCAUACGCCGCAAGGUGACCAGCGUGGGAGCUUGAAACCAAGAGUCAGCUUCUCAGACUUGCUUUACUUAGAAGACGAACUUGAGAAAGAGGACUUCCAUAAAAUGGUGAACUCAAAUUCGAAUGGAAGGUAUGGGGAGGGUCUCUUGCCUUCCUCAACUUUCAGGUCGGGGAGACGAAACAGUCCCCCUCAGCGACGUUUCUGUCUGGCGGCGAGCAAGCAGAUGGUUGGAAUCUUCUUGUGCGUGUGGGUUCGAACGGACCUUUACAAGCACGUUCGAAACACGAAGGUCUCCUGCGUCGGCAGAGGCCUUAUGGGAUAUCUUGGGAACAAGGGCUCAAUAUCAAUCAGCAUGACAUUGUACCAAACGACAUUUUGCUUUGUGUGCACCCACUUGACCUCCGGGGAGAAAGAUGGUCACGAGAUCAGAAGAAAUACAGACGUUGCAGAAAUUUUGAAGAAAACAAGGUUUCUCCAUUCGGCUAGAGGUCCUGAAGAACUACUUCCUCCUGAUACAAUAUUGGAGCAUGACAAGAUUAUUUGGCUUGGGGAUUUGAAUUAUCGGCUUGCAGCUGGUUGUGGUGAUACCCAUGAGCUAUUAGAGAAUCAUGAUUGGCAGGCACUUCUAGAGAAGGAUCAGCUAAGGAUAGAACAGAGAGCUGGUCGAGUAUUUAAAGGGUGGGAAGAGGGGAGGAUAUAUUUCGCUCCAACUUACAAGUACCUCCCCAAUUCUAACAGUUAUGGUGUCCAAGCAUCCAAAUCUAAAGAGAAACGACGCACUCCUGCCUGGUGUGACAGGAUUUUGUGGAAGGGGGAAGGACUGAAACAAAUCCUGUAUUUGAGAGGGGAGUCCACAUUUUCAGACCACAGACCCGUCUAUUCACUGUUCUCAGUUGAAGUUGACGCUGCAAACAGAAGCAAGGAAAUCAGCACAGCACCCACGUCCACCGAGUUCUGCAUCAACAAACUAUCAGCAAAUGCUGUCUUGUCAUCAUCGCGUGCGGCCAAAAUCCAAGCCGAAGAACUUUUGCUAUAUCUCCGUACACGAUGCUGCGUGGACACUGCCUCGUCCAGACAACCUCGAAGACCGACAAGCAUCCGACGUCUGAUAACCGCCGGUGUUCCCGGUAUUUUAAGUGGGACAGGCAUGCAGCGCGGUGCCAGGGGUGCGAUAUCUAUACAUACAUUGAUAUUUAUGGUGAGAGUAUAAAUAGGGAAAGUGUUUGUAAGUGGCUGGAACUCUGGGCUCUUAGUCAUGCGCGCUCAUAUAUAUCUUUUUUUGAAGCCGUCGAUUUGAUUAAAAACCCAUAAGGUCCAGUGUUUUUACAGAGUUUAGUUCAGCUUUUGCAGAAUAGUGGUUCGUGUGUUUAUAUUUUGUAGCGAAAAGGUGGAGAGAGAGUUAAAGUUGGAGCUGUACAGUAAAAGCUAAAAGGUCGAUGCAUGCAUGGGUUUUAUGGCUUUCAAAUUUUUCUGAAUGAUGAAAUUCAGAGUG